CUCCUCCGUACCCUCUGUACAGCGCGCGAAUUAUGUGCCACUCACGCAACCAUCUCCACACCAUGACUGGCCUGAGGGCUCCGGCGCCAGCUCCCUCCACCAGCCCGGAACUCCGGCGGGGCUCCGGUCCCGAGAUUUUCACCUUCGACCCCCUCCCGGAGCGGGCGGUAGCGUCCGCCGUGCGUCCGAACACUUCUCGCGGGCACCGAAAACGCAGCCGACGGGUGCUCUACCCUCGAGUGGUCCGGCGCCAGCUACCAACCGAGGAACCCAACAUUGCCAAGAGGAUCCUCUUUCUCCUGCUCGCCAUCAUCUUCUGCCAGAUUUUGAUGGCUGAAGAAGGUGUGUCGCAGGCCCUGGCUCCGGAGGAUGCUACCAGCGCCAUAUCACCUGAGCCCAUCUCUGUGCCCAUUACUGCGCCUCCUGUCCUCGAGCCUUUGAACCUGACCUCGGAGUCCUCGGACUAUGCUCUGGAUCUCAAAGCUUUUCUCCAGCAACACCCGGCGGCAUUCUAAACGCGAUGGGUCACAGUCCGGAAAAAAAACCCAAAGAGGCACCAGGGGUACCUGGUGCGCAAGAACGUAUCCCAAACUGGGACUUAUAAGGCAACGCUAACUCAGAACACUACCGCCAAGAUGCCGGUUCUUGGGGCGAGCCCGAGGCACCGUGGGUCCUGGCUAGGCUCACUGGUGACGGACGGAGGUCUUCUCGGUGUCUAAUUAAUAUUUAUGUAUUUAUGUAUAUCCUCCUAGGUGAAGGAGGGGUGUAUGUAAUAUUUAUUCUAACUUAUGCAGGGGUGCGAGAUAUGCCCCCUUGCUGUGACACAGAUAUUUAUUACGAUUUAUAGGGUCCGUGAGACAGAGUUGUGGGAGGAUUAGUUUAGUCUUGGUCGGGGGGCAUAGGUUUAGGGGUAACACUCCAUUUUCCAGCACUUCGACUCUGUUGUAAGACUUUGGCAGACCCUUGGGAAUACGGUCUGUGGCCUUUGAUGUCUUCCUGACUGGAAGUCUUGGGUCCAUGGAUUGUCAGAGGGCGGCUGUCUGGGGUCGCCUAGUAUGUUCUGUGAACACGAAUAAACUUGAUUGCCUGUCAUUAUUA